GUUUUGGGAGUUGAUAAUAACUACUUAGAAAUAUACGAAAUCUACAAUGCCCUUUGGAACGCCUCCAAAUAAUUUAGAUGAAACAGGAUUCUCUAUCUAUGCCAUGUUUGACUUUGACGCUGAAGUUGGCGAUGAGAUUAGCUUCAAAUGUGGUCAACAGAUUAGAGUUCUGGAAACUGACAAGGAAUAUUCAGAUGGCUGGUGGGUCGGUGUAAACGAAGAUGGCAAAGAAGGUCUCUUCCCAGAAUCAUACACAUCCUGGGCAAGACCUAUAGCACCAGGUAUAGCUCCAAUUAGUGCUGCAACCGGCGAAACAAAAGUAGGAAAGCAAUCGCAACCAGGAAAUACACCUUCGAAUACUCCGAAAGAUGAUAUGAAAGCUACAAUGACGGAAAUACAAGACGCAAUAAAUGAGUUCAACGUGGACGACCCUCACAAAGGAUCGAACAACUCCUUAAAUGAUGACAGUCAAGACAAACAGCUCCUCGCACCUAUUGUUGAACAAACGAAUUCUAAGACGUCAUCCCAAAUUACAGUGUCGACUGAUGACAACACAGAUGAUGACGAUGAUGAGGUGAAUGCAAAAGCACGCUCUCUUCUCGCAAAGAAGAAUGCUCAAGCUAAUGGAUCAAAUAAUGCACCAACUAGCUUAGAAUUCGGCGAGGAUAGUGAUGAAGAUACGACACCUCACACUGCAACAGCACCAAGAAAUGAACUACUAGUACCUUCCAAAGAUCCUGCGGAGGUCAUUCCAGAAUCUCCACUUGAUGCUAUGAUGCCCCGCCAACCAGUUCAAAGUAAACCAUCUGGUUUAAAGAAUACUUACACACCUACUGGUGAGGUCGAUGAUAAACAGGAUUUCAAAAAGCCCUCGAUACCAUCGUCGUAUCCACUCAAUGCUCAUGAUCCUACGCCAACUAUCAAACCAAUUGAGAAUAACCCACGUGAUUCGGGAUCUGCACAGUGGGAUAACAAACGUGAGAAACAUGAUUCAAGGGAUUACAAACAUGAUUCGAGAGAUUACAAGCAUGACUCAAACUCUACACAAAAAGCUAGCAAACCAAUUUCUCAUUCAUCACUUCCACCUGUCAACACCGCGAUUGCAAAUACACAACGCGCAUCACAAGAGACUUCAAAAUCAAGUAAUUCACGCAAUUCAUAUGAAAAUGUUGAACAAUGGUCUGUUGAAAGAGUCAUAGAAUGGGCCGUAAGUAAGGGCUUCGACACUUCAAUUAAGGAUAAACUCAGAGAACACGAAAUCUCGGGUGACGUCCUCAUCGAAAUGGAUGCCGCAUCUUUGAAGGAAAUUGACAUCAUCGCAUUUGGAAAGAGAGUUAAGAUAGCCAAUGCAAUUAAGGAAUUACGCAGCCAGGCUGGUCUUGAUGUCCAACACUCGCAACCACAGUCAGCAUCCACCGGCAGACCAGGUAGUGAAACAUCAUCAAUGCGGAACGCAAGUGGAGGCAAUUACACAACAUCCGUAGCUUCACCAGUUGAUCUGAAUGAGGACAUGCCAUCACGUCCAACAUCCUUCGCUCAAAGAACAGGAUCUGGUCUGCUUUCACAUAAGAAUUCAGGAGUUUUGGAGCAAACACCUGAAGAACCAGAACGUGAGCAUGAUCAAGUAAUAGCUGUACCAGAAAAGGUACCAAAUCAAACGGAUUCUCCAAAAGCUGGAUCAGCUACUGCAUCGCUCAAGCGUGCGUUCAGUGGAUCGACGACACACUCGCCAGUUAUGCAUUCACCGCGCUCAUCUGCUGCUAAAAAACACACCUCUGAUACUUCAGCAUUUUUCGGCGUAGGAUCGAAAGGCAACCCUCGUAAACCAGCUCCUCGUUACUCUGGUGCCUCCAAUGAUACAAACUCACCUGAAGAGAAAUCCCGCAAACCAUUCUCAGCAUCUCGUUUGUUAGGUUCAAAGAGAUCAAUUAGGAAUAUGAAUGGCAGUGGUGCCUCCACUCGUUCAAGUUUAUCUCCACAGACUGCUCAAAAUGAUUCGCAAUUCGUUGAUACUAUUUCAAUUUCAUCCGAUAAAAGAAGGUCAGUUGUUGAUAUCACGAACUUCCAAGAACGUGAAGGUACAGCUCUCCAAAAGAUUGGCAGAUGCGAUUGUAAAGGAUGGAUGAAGAAACGCGGUGAUAGAUAUGGAUGGAAGAUGCGUUACUUUGUUCUCAAGGGAUCUCAAUUAUUCUACCUUAAGAACGAAAAUGACAAACAACUUAAAGGAUUCAUACAACUUAAUGGAUUUAGAGUUAUGAAUGAUGAGUCCAACUCUUCACGUAAUAACUUUGCGUUCAAGAUCGUGCAUGAAAGUGAAAAAGACGUCCAUUAUUUCGCAUCUGAAGAGAAAUCAGUAUCACGCGAAUGGAUGAAUGCCCUCAUGAAGGCAUCCAUCGUUAGAGAUGUCCACGCACCCGUAGUUUCCAGUUGCACUAUUCCUACUAUCCCACUUGACCAAGCACAGACUAUGUUCCCACCACCAAGGCCACCAUCACCUGGCUCAAGGGAGAGAGUACAGAGGGCUAAUGUACGUGACAAUCCUGAUAGUCUCUCACCAGAGGAUGCAAGGGUUUUGAUGGCUGGCGCACCUGAUACACCUAAUGAUAAAAGAAGAAUGACGACCAGCUCAUUUGGUAAUCUCUCAAGCAGCUUCGGUAAUGAUGAUCGAGAGAAAGAUUUCUAGAUAAUUUUAGCGCUCAGAUUUGCAGACAAACAAGCCUCACAUUGGAUAUUGUUUAUAAUUAUCAUUUUUACAAUUUUUUUUGCUUUAUUGGCAAAUAUGUCAACCAC